AUGGCGAACACGUACACAAAUUCUCUUGAAAACUCUUUCAGGAAUGACGAUGUUUUUGCAAGCCAAAUACAUGCUAACGAAUGYCAAACACUGGUGGAAUUCGGAAACACUGGAAUWCUCAGCAUAAAAUCAUCGGUAUUUAAUUACUUUGAGGGGAAUUCAGAGCUUGAAGUACAAAGACACUUCGACAAGGCUUUCUUCCUWCCAAUGGCCGACUCUCGCCAAAUAGRACCAUUCCCUCUUCCCAUGAGAGAACGCAAACUCCCGCCAUCCUUUUGGCGACAAGAUUUGACGUCAUCAGCUCAUUUCCGUCACCCGAUGACGCUGAAUGUCAAUCACCACAAUAAUGACAUGCAUGACAUUCAUCAACAGUCAGGAUAUACAGGGGUUUUGAACCUCGGCCAGGCCACCGAKACAAGACUUAUAUCMUAUGCAAAACUCCCAUCGUCUGUGCUGACUGCGACUGCGCAGAAUGUAAAACUCACACAUGCGCAGAUGAAUGACAGGCCGAGGUGCUCUCUUGUUGAUGCAAAAACUGUGUAUUAUUCGUAUGGGCCCAGAGUGGGUCAUGGCUUCAACCCACGAUAUAACUUUAUGCUAGUCCAACCUGAUGUUAAGCCCGAGUUGCCUCUCGUGCAUGGACAACAGAGACGGAAUGGUAACAAGAAAGGAUAAAGGGCGGAGUCGCAUUUCAAAGGMGUUCUUGRGCUACAUCGUUAACUACUCAUAGUACUAUUGCCUGUUCACGGAUUUUGUGCGAUGUAUAUUGUUUUUCUCAUCCGAUUUUGAAGAAAUAAAAACUACGGUUAUUGUAUGAUAU